AUUCGAGCAGCAGGGACAUAUGCAGUACUAAUGGCAGCGUCGAGGCCUUCACGGGUCUAAUACUGAAAGUUCAGCUUUAUCCCAAAAGCACGUUUUAUCGUAAGCAGAAUAAGAAAUCACUAUUUGUUUUAUUUACUGUAACCUCUCUUUAUCAGCCAGCAUGUUACCAUCUUGUAGCAGAGUGAAACUGAACCGUGUAGCGUUAAAACACGUUAUUGGUCCAAGACUGGUACCGCGUCGGAGACGAGAUCCGGGAUCAGCUGUCUCGAAAAAAGAAGAGGAAACCCGAACUGAGACUUCUACGGCCCAUAGCAGCGAUGAGCCCGUCCAAAAGAUUUUAACAGACCAAAUGUGCCCAACAAAUGUGACCGACAUCUCUGAAGCAGUGCCGGAGGAGAACUGUCUAGGUACGAAAAGGGCAAAGAGGGGAGACAUGCAACAGACAAGAACAGACACUGAAAGAAGUACGCACUCAAAUCCCACUGGACCUACGGACUCAGAGGGGUCUUUGAGGAGAGCUGUCAAAGCCUCCCACUGUGGUCUCUGUGGGGACUGUAAAUACAUUUCCCCUCAGCGGAAGACACUGGGUAAGCCAAGGCAAAAAAGCAGUGGCCCAGGGCCAGGGCAGCCUAUAGUUGAUUUUAAGCUUGAGGAAAGAAAAACAGCCCCAGAGAUCUCUCAGAAGAGUGUCAUGUGGAAAGACCCUUGGCCGAAGGUGACACUUUGUGACGUAGUCCAAAACUUUGAUGCUUUAAGUCACGAUUGUGGCUGCAUGUUACCGGAUGUUCUCAAAACCAAGGUUGUGCAUUGUUUCAAGCAGGAGAUGAGACCUGGAUUUGGCCCUGGUUGUUCCGACUGCAGUGAACAAGAAAACAAGAAAGAUGCCCACGCUAAUACUACAGAGAAGAAUGUCUGUCAGUCAAAGAGUCUGACCCCACAUGACAGCAACAUUACUGAGUGCACAGACUUAAAGUCAUUUACCAAUCAUACCCCAUGUUGUUUCCUUGAGAGUUGGACAAGUGAAGGCUCUGCAACCGGUUCUGCUUCUCUCUUAUUAGAUGAAUGUACUACCAAAAGGGAGUGCAGGACUGUCAUGAAGGACAGAAAUACUGAGCAGGAUCCCGGGCCAGGCUAUCCCCUCACAAGAGUUGGGCUUUGCAGGGACAAGAGAAAAAAGCUGACAGAUUGUUUUGAAGAUGGGAUUUUGCCUCCUACUCCAGACCUGGACAGCACCAACAACUCCAAAAAGACAAUUGAAAAUGACAAAGAGAAAACACACUUUUGGGUGUCUUCUAAUGGCCAGCCUUGUUCAGAGAAUGUCCAAAGUGUUGGCAGCAGCAACACCUUUAGCCCUGAUGUGUCAGGAAACUAUGUUCAUAAGAAACCUAGUGGGAGGAAAGGCAGUCCCUCAAAAACCAAUGCAGCGCAAAUGUCCCCUGAGCUGUCCUGUCAGAACAAUGAAGUGGAUUCAGAUGAACCAGAGUCAUUCACCUGCCAAAGAGUGAGGGUCUUUAAAAGAACAGUCCUUUUUUCCUGUGCACGCACAUACAUGUCCUGGCCCUUCACUAAGUGUAGCUGGACCCUGACAGCCAAUGCAGGGACAUCAGCUCAGUCUGCAGAGCAUGUUGAUGACAGAAAGGAAGAAGAAGAUGGAAAAUGCAUCUUAGCAGAGAGAAAUGGGACAACACACGAUGAUAUGUCUUUAUACUCUUCUUUAGGAAGAGACAUGGAGUUUGCUCCUCAUUUAGUGGAGGCAGAAGAAUUACAGAAUUCCCUUUCCAACCCCAGUCAGUAUGGACAGAACGCAGCCUCGCCUUCAUCCUCACCAGUUAAUGAUCCCAAAACUGACAGCUACCUAUCUACCCGUUCCCCCAAAGCACUUUGCCCGAGUGGCUGGAAAACUGCUCCCAGAUUUUCCCCCAUGUCAUCUCCAUUUACACAUAGUGGUUCAAGCAGAAUCUCGUACACAACAUCCUCCCCGACACCUUCAGUCUCCUUACUGACCACAGUCAAAAGUGUCGAGUUGGCUGAGGAUCUAUCAGCCAACACAUUGCCAGUGCUGCUUUCACCCUCACAAGUGGUCCAACCUGUACCAAGAAAGUCACUGAUGUGCGAUGAGGAAUCCCAAAUGACUAGAUGUCACAAUUCUGAGUCCUACACUUCAUUCGGAUCGUUCCACCCCAUCACUCAAGAGGAACAAGAGAGCGAUGAAGAACUUCUUGCAGACCGGUUUCCUCCUAAACUGGAGCCAUAUUACAAAACGAGCCCCGUUAACCAUGAUCUCGUCUUCACAGAAAACAAUGAGGACAUGUUCUCAAAUGACUUUGUGCUUCUACCAGUGCUAUCUCCUGUCAUUUCACCAACACCUCACUUUCCAACCACGGCCCUUCCUCAAAGUCCAGUCUGUUUAGAUGAAGAAGAGGAGGAAAUAAAUGAAGAACCCAACCAACACAAAUCAUUACCUGGAUGUUUCAUUCCACAUAUUGUUUAUGGCAAUAAUGGAAAGACUGAGGAUGAUCUUGUACAUCGUAGCAAACAUUUUGAAAGAAUCUCGAGGAAUUUAAUAUCUCAGGCUUCUCUGAGUGAACAGUCUUUUCCAAGCAGUGAUGAAGAUCUAGAAACUGAUGAUGGAGAGCAUUUUAUGCAGGUUGACAAAAAAUCUGAAGAAGUUUCCUCAGGCUCUAAAAUAACCCCUGGCUUGGAUGCGCAGGCAAAAUCCUGCUCCUCUUCCUGCAGUGACAAAGAUGAUUAUGGAGCCUUCAGUGACAAGGAACAGCCAUGUUUGUCCAGAGAGGAGCUGAUAGGCCCAUGUAAAAGAGCAGGCCCUGAUAGGGCUCAAGUUAAAGCAAAGGCAGCUGGUGACACUCAUCAGAGUGUUUGGGAUGAGUUCACAGCAUUUGAACAGGAUAUCCUGCUUGUGGAUGUGAUUCAGGACGACCCAGAGCUGUUUGAAAACAUGCCCCAGAAAAGUUUGCUGAAACUAGGUCCUACCAGGAUUUCUGAGGUCCUCAAAACCAGGAAAGGCCAGGCAUCAGUUGAUGUAAAAAAAAGGUCAAGUCUUGUAUUUGUUAGUAUCUCAUAUCCACAGUCAAAGACAAAUCCUGAUAUCAAAGAUGAGAGCAACAGCAGGUCAUGGAGACCUCAGAGUGUCAGAAACCCUGCCACAAGGGAAAGGAUCACAUGGACUGCCAAAGAAAAGCCAAUCCGGAUCUUGCGUCAGCCUGAUGCCAACAACAAUCAUGUAAACGGAGGCCUGGAAAGGAGCCAGCCAAUCCAAACAGUGAUCUCUCUGCAUAAUCACACCCUUGCACUGAAGACUCCAAAAAAUGGGUCAUGGAACACAAACUUGACAGACGCAGCAGAGUUAAGGCGCCAACAGUCAAAUGCUUACUGCAGGCAGUACUUCAGUGAGUCGCUGUCCUGUGGGUUCAACAUGUGCUGGUUCCUGCACGUGCCUGGGGAUGGGGACGAGAAGUUUUGCAUAGAAACUGUGACACGGUUCACCAAGAACCCAGUGUGCCUUCAAAAAGCAGGGGCUGUCUUUACAGGCUACUACCAAAACAACCCACCAGGAGUGUAUUUUUCCAUGCCGGUUCUACUAUCGCUCCUCUGGGCUCUCCUCAAAGCUGGCAUGCUGUCCGAUGUGUUCUCGGUCCUCAGUGUCAGCUCGGCCCAUAAGAUAGUGCCUGGCCAUGAGUUUGUCUUAGCUCUCUUCAACUUUGUAAGAGAAAAGAGUCUCCUGAGUUUGGUGCCUGAACUCAUGCAGCUCACAUUCAAGAUGGCUAGUGCAGGCCUGGUGUUGAGUUCGGACUGCUUGGAUUGUGUGAAAAACACUCCUGAGUUCCAGAAGACAAACUCAAAUGUUUCUGUAUCCGACAACCAAAACAGGAUGCCCACUAGUGGACCCUUUCCAGAGAACCUGAAAUUGGUUCAUGCCAUUGUGGAGAUAGAGCUCUGUACCAAGCAGAAGGACUGGAGGCAGAUGGGGGAGGUUUUCAGGUCGAUCUGCCAAUCCAGCCAGCGCCCCAACCAAGUGGAGCGAAUCAGCGGUCGCAUUGCCAUAGCACUGCUGUCAGAGAGCAAAGACAAGCUGUCACUGCCCUUUGCUGCAUUUGCUGAGACAGUUUCUCAGAAUGAAGAGGAGGAGAGCCUGAGCAGGAGUUUUUUAGGCAGAAUUGGUGUCUCUCUCAUGUUGAGAUAUCACAAAACGCAUCAAUGGGCAAAGGGUCGAAAGGUGGUGGAAGUACUGUCCAGCUCCAAAGUCAACUACUCAUUACUGAAGGGGUUGUUUGGGAAUGAGGAUGGAGCAUCUCGCUGCUGCCUGGUCACUGUGGCUACUGAGUUAUUCCUGCUGAGUGGCAGUGUGGAGGGAGCUCUAAACACACUCCGAGAAAACAAAUGGUUUGUGAGUUCGUGCUCGUGGCCGUGUGAGCCUGCUGAUCUGGAGAGCAGGAUUCGUGUGUUGGCACGUCUGGCUGAAAAAUCUUCUCACAGAGACUCGUUUGAUAUCCUCAGCAAUCUCCCUGGACUCAAGGAGACGAGCAACUCGGUGGAUAUCUCGAGGUACGCCUCUCAGUUUAACUUUCACCUCCAAGUGUGCUUGGACAGACAGAUGCUUCCUGUUGCUUCAGACACAGUGGACUUCAUGCUGUCUAAAAACCUGGCAGUUGAUCCCACUAUGCUGCACAUGCUUUUGGACAAACUGGGCAAGCAGAACCUCUGGCACCAUGCGCGGGAAAUCUUCAGACAUGCUCUAAGUGCGGAAUACUACCCUGGUGUUUCUGCUCCUCCUGGUUUCUUCUCACUGAUCAUCCCCUGUCGGCUGGGGGAGGUGGAGCUGGCUCUCACCUUAGAGAUGUACAUCACUGUCAACGCAACUGUUCUCCUCCACCAACCAGAGAACACAUCCUCCUGUCUCAGCAUUACUUUGAAGAGGACUCAAAGCUGUGAAAGCGAGUACCUUUCCGCUGGCAGUCGCCUCUUGUCAGCAUCUUGUAUCCCCCAGCCUAAACUAAUUAUUCACUACAAAUAUGUGAACGCCUCACAGGAGCAAGUCUUCACCCUGGACAUCCCCUCAGCUCGAUUCUGGCUCCGCCACAAUCAUAGGUGGGCCAAUGAGGUGUGGACUCAUUGAACCAGGUUGGCGCUGUAGUCCCUCUCUUUGCUUUCUGUUUGGAGGGCCAAUAAAAACAAAACAAACACAUGAAAUCAGUUAACCAUUGUUUGUGAAUUUCUGUUGGCUGCAUGUUUGUAAUCCCAGAGACUGACACUAGAACUUUACACCAUGGUAACAUAUUUUUGUUCUUGUUUGUUUUAAUAUGUUUAAGGGUUGUUUUUAUCACUUCCUUGUUUCCUGGAGAGUUCUUUAAGUGUAUUCGUCUUUGGUUUCAUCACUCAGUAUUUUUGUGAUUUAUUGUUUGAAUAAGUAAUCAUUCUAUUGGGGAACAGAACCCUACAAUUUUGUAAGAUUUGAAUAUUUGGUUAUAAAUAAAUGUAAAUAACAUCUGAGUGAACAUAGGUGAGUAUUUGAACUGUGUUAAGUCUUUGCAAUUGUUAUGUUACUGUAUUGUUCCAGAGUUGUCACUUUGAUUUCCUUUGUAUGAAUUUUUAUAAUAAAAAAGUUGUUCUGCUCCAGAAA